GCCUGUCAGCCCCCGUCCUGAGGGCGGCUUCCCUGCCUAGAAGAGGAAAAGGAGGCGGGAAACGGCGCGGAGUCGAAGCGAGGAUGGGCGACCAGGGGCUGGAGAUGGCCUCCGUGAUUCCUGCCCUCCGGGAACUGGCUAGUGCCACCCCAGAGGAAUACAAUACUGUUGUGCAGAAACCAAGACAAAUUCUCUGUCAGUUCAUUGAUCGAAUUCUAGUGGAUGUAGAUGUUGUUGCUCUAGAACUUGCUAAGAAAACUGACUCACAGCCAAGUUCUGUAAUGUUGCUUGAUUUUAUACUUCAUAUUAUGAAAUCAUCCCCGCUUGUAUUUGUAAAUGUGACUGGAACUCAUCAGCAAAAUGAAGCAGAAGCCAGCUGCAUUGAAUUCAGCAGUUGGAUCAUUGCAAGACUUCUGAGAGUUGCUGCCACUCCGAACUGCCACGUGUUACAUGAGAACAUUAGUAAUGUCAUUUUUUCUUUAUUAUGCCUUCUCAAAGUGAAAAACAGUGUCAUAUUUAACUUGUUGACAAGAGAAUUAUUGGAUAUCCUUCAGGAUCUGAUUUUGCUCCACGAAAGAAGUACAGAGAGGUGCCCUCAAGGAGAUGUACUUAGCUGGCCUGUGACUGUAAGCCGAUUUGUGUGCAACCCCAAUAUUAAUCUGGGCUGUCUAAGUUCUGUCCAUUUUCAGUUAAUGGGCAUGAGCAACGUGGAGUGCUUGGAGAUAACUUUGAUAAGAAUUCUCAUCGACCUAGUUCCUUAUAUUUUUUUUAAACGACAGGACGUUAUCCUUUGGGGAAUAGGGUGCUCCCUAUGGGACUAUGGCACUCCUAAAGUUAAAGCUUUGAGCAUGACCUUUUUAACAGAAUUGGUACAGCUAGGAGGACCUCCAGAAGAACUAGCCAGCAGCUUUUUCGCCAUUCUUUUUGGAACCUUGCAGUCCAUUCCUAAAAUGAGUGCUGAAAGGUUAGAACUCUAUGAGGAACCAUUGUUGGUACUCGUGAGGACUUUGUUUCCUUUUGAAAUGCAUUCCUGUGAGAAUAUUGAACCUAUUUAUCUCAGCAUAUUAUUGGAGAAACUGCAUGCGUUGUUUGAAGCCGGCGUGCUUAGGACUCUUCAGUCUGAAGUGAUGAAAAGAGUCUUAUGUCACAUGCUCCAGUAUUUCAUGUUUGUGCCAGCUGGAUUUGAAUCUGCUGUUCCAGUUAGAAAGACCUGCAUCGACAGCAUUUGCAGACAUAUUGUCUCAAUCAUUGGAACACAAGUAGAACAAGAGUAUCUUCAGAGUCCACUUUAUGCUUCCCUGAAGACAGAAGCAGCGGGUGUCAUUCAGGAGCUGCAGCGUAGUCAUAAUCCAGAGGCCUCUGAUACCGAUGGGGGAAGUAGCAGUAGUGAUGAAGUUCCUGAAAAAAGACUACGUCUGUCCUUGAAGCAACCCAAAAAGUCCUCUAUGCCAACACACCCCUGUCCUGUGAACAUGACAGUGAAGAGUGUGGUGUGGAAUUUGAUAAUCAAGAAAGCAGAAUCUCUGGUGUUACUUCUGGAACAAGACAUUCUGCCGCAGGAAGUUCUGCAAACCAUUGAAGGAAUUGCUUUGAUAUUUCAGCUGGCUGCUCUGUGCACAGUCCACUCCAUGCCAGAAUUCAGCAGCACAGAACAUCAGGUUGCUCACAGCCACAAACAAAACAACACUGUUUGUCCUUCAGAAUCAAGACAGCGUGUCCGGUUAAUCUGGAUUUCUUCAGAAUUGCUUAUGAGAGGAGUGAAAGUCUGUUGGAAGCUGUUAGAUCCUGCUGCAGGCAUAAUUGAACUGGAACCAGUAAUUCAAAGAGUAGUGAAAAUAACCGAUGCUCUACUUUAUAUGCAAGCAAACGUCCAGUUUAAUGAUGAGAUGAUCGAAAACAUAAUUGGAUUGCUCUCUCUGCCAUGGGUUUAUAGCCUUUCUGAUGACCCUUCGUUCAAGCUGCCUUCUCCUAAUUUGGAUCUUCUGGCUUUGAGCCAACAUUGUAGAGACCAUUUUUCUCCUGAGACUCAGUCAGAUUGUCUGUUUCUUCUUUCUUUAAUUCCAAAAAAACAUCGGAAGUGGAGAAAUCACAUUUAUCAGCAUUCCCUGCAAAGUCCCCAUGAAGUUAUCAGAGCAAACUGUGUUAGAGGAUUCCCUAUCCUGCUCCACCAUUCAGGGGUAAAAUCCUGCACCACUCUGCUGGCACCUCUCCUAGACAACAUCAAGGAUGAAUCCCUGCUAGUCCAGCAAGCUUAUGCCGGUAUCAUUGGAAACUUGGCUUGCUCUCUUUCUGGGAACUUGCAUUUAAAGCCUGAUGUGAUUCAACCUGACAUGCAGCCCAAAAGUAAUGGCAUCCUCUGUAACAGUCUUACUGUGACUUCUUCUGGUGAGGAAAUGUGUGCAGUGAAAGCUGAUGUGUUUAAGCCAUUUUUAUAUCUACUUGAAGUCAACAUAGCAAGUAAAGUGAAACUCGUUUUAAUAAAGAACAUUCCCCUGUUUUGCAAACACCUGGACUUCGAAAAAGGUGGGCUAAAUGUGAAAGCUGUUGUUGAGGCUUUCUUAAAGCUAAUGGAAGAUCCAGACAGAGAUGUCAGAGUGGCCUUUAGUGGCUGCAUCAAGUACAUAUUGGAAUCUUCAGGCUCUGAGGAAGGAUUCAUUAAAGAGCUCCUUGUUUCCAGAAUGAAAGAGGCCUAUACAAAUGCUAAAAUAUCACGAAAUAAUGAUCUGAAGGAUACACUGAUUCUCACAACAGGGGAUAUUGGGAGGGCAGCAAAAGGGGAUUUGGUACCCUUUGCACUUUUGCACUUGCUUCAUUGCUUACUGUCCAAGUCGGCUUCUGUGGCUGGAGCGGCUCAUACAGAAAUCAGGGGUCUGGCUGCUGCCAAGUCUUUGAAGCUGCAGGCCUUUUUCAGUCAAUACAAGAAACCCAUCUGUCAGUUUUUAGUGGAAUCCCUACACUCCAGUCAGUUGGCAAUGAUUUCUAACACGCCGUACCAAAGCAGUGAAAUGCAGAAACAAGAGAUUGCCCAACAGAGAGAGGCAGCUCUGGACAUGUUAUCUGAAAUUGCCAAUGUUUUUGAUUUUCCAGACCUCAAUCGUUUUCUCAGUAGGAUUCUCCAAGUUCUUUUGCCUGACCUUGCUGCCAAGGCUAGUCCUGCAGCUUCUGUGCUGAUCCGGACAAUAGCAAAACAGCUAAAUGUAAACCGCAGAGAGAUUCUCAUCAACAACUUCAAAUACAUCUUCUCUCAUUUAGUCUGCUUCUGUAGCAAAGAUGAGCUGGAGCGAGCACUUCACUAUCUCAAGAAUGAAACAGAGAUAGAAUUGGGAAGUUUGCUGAGACAAGACUAUCAAGGAUUGCAUAAUGAAUUAUUGCUGCGUUUGGGAGAACACUAUCAACAAGUUUUCAAUGGUUUAGCAAUUCUGGCUUCUUUUGCUUCUAAUGAUGACCCAUAUCAAGGACCCAAAGACAUCACAUCUUCUGAGCGAAUGGCUGAUUAUCUACAACCAAGAUUGCUAGGCAUUUUGGCCUUCUUCAAUAUGCAGUUACUGAGCUCCAGUGUUGGAAUUGAAGAUAAGAAAAUGGCCUUAAAUAGUUUGAUGGCUUUAAUGAAGCUUAUGGGUCCAAAACACAUAAGUGCCGUAAGAGUGAAGAUGAUGACAACACUCAGGACUGGACUGAGAUACAAGGAUGAUUUCCCAGAGCUGUGCUGCAAAUCUUGGGACUGCUUCGUCAGAUGCUUGGACCAGAUUCAUCUUGGCUCCCUUCUCAGUCAUGUGAUAGUGGCUCUAUUGCCCCUCAUACAUAUUCAGCCAAAAGAAACAGCAGCAGUUUUCCAUUUUCUUAUAGUUGAAAACAGAGAUGCAGUACAAGAUUUCCUUCAUGAAAUAUAUUUUCUACCAAAUCAUCCUGAACUGAAAGAAAUUCAAAUUGUUCUUCAGGAAUAUAGAAAGGAGACAUCCAAAAGCACUGAUUUGCAAACAACCCUUCAGCUUUCCAUGAAAGCUAUUCAACAUGAGAAUGUAGAUGUUCGAAUUCAUGCUCUCACCAGCCUCAAGGAAACUUUAUAUAAAAAUCAAGAGAAACUGAUAAAGUAUGCAACAGAUAGUGAAACAGUUGAGCCAGUUAUUUCUCAGCUGGUGACUGUCCUUCUGAUUGGCUGCCAGGAUGUGAAUUCUCAUGCACGGCUGCUGUGUGGGGAAUGUUUAGGUGAAUUGGGAGCCAUAGAUCCAGGCAGGUUGGAUUUCUCAACAAGUGACAGUCAAGGAAAAGGCCUGACAUUUGUGACUGGUGUAGAAGAUCCACAUUUUGCCCACGGAUUAUUCAUGGAGCUGACAAGAGCUUUCCUUGCAUAUGCUGAUAAUGUUCGGGCUCAAGAUUCUGCUUCAUACGCUAUUCAGGAGUUGCUAUGCAUCUAUGGUUGUAGGGAGACAACUACCGACUGCUCAGGCUCCAGCCUUUGGAAAAUGUUUCCUGAUCAUAUUCAAGAAAUAUUGGAACCUCAUUUAAAUACAAGAUACAAGAGUUAUCAGAAAGCUGUAAACUGGUCCAAGGUUAAAAAGCCUAUUUACUUGAGCAAAUUAGGCAAAAGAUUUGCAGAAUGGUCAGCAACCUGGGCUGGUUACCUUGCAACUAAGGUGCGACAUGAUCUUGCCAGUAAGGUUUUCAACUGUUGCAGUAUUAUGAUGAAGAACGACUUCAAGGUGACCAUCUAUCUCCUUCCCCAUAUCCUUGUUUAUGUCCUUUUGGGGUGCAGUCAAGAGGAUCAGCAAGAGGUUUAUGCAGAAAUCAUGGCUGUUCUUAAAAACGAUGAUACCAGUUCAAGACCAUGUGAGGAUAGCGCAUCAGAUCUCAGCCAUUUAAGCACACAGACCGUUUUCUCCAUGCUUGAUCACCUGACACAGUGGGCUAGAUAUAAAUUCCAAAAACUGAGUGCUGAUAAGGCUUCUAUCAAGCCGAGUAAGGACGUAACUGAACUACAAGCACCAAAUGAAGAAUAUAGAGAGUACCAAAGUGUAGUCCGCUUUCUUGACCUCAUACCUCAAGACACGUUGGCCGCAGCUUCCUUUCGCUCCAAAGCAUACACAAGAGCAGUGAUGCACUUUGAAUCAUUCAUCAUAGAAAAGAAACAAAAUAUUCAAGAACAUCUCGGAUUUCUACAGAAACUGUAUGCAGCGAUGCAUGAAGCAGAUGGAGUGGAAGGAGUGAGUGCAAUACGGAAAGCAGAGCCGUCACUCAAAGAACAGAUCCUUGAACAUGAAAGCAUUGGAUUGUUGAGAGAUGCCACAGCUUGCUAUGACAGGGCCAUUCAACUGGAGCCUGAGCAGAUAAUUCACUAUCAUGGUGUGGUGAAAUCUAUGCUGGGCCUUGGUCAGUUCUCUACUGUAAUCACUCAAGUGAAUGGAGUACUUGCUAAGCGACCCGAGUGGACUCCUGAAUUAAAUACCUACAGAGUGGAGGCGGCCUGGAAACUAACCCAGUGGGAUUCACUAGAAAACUACCUAGCUGCAGAUGAGAAGUCGAAUACUUGGAGCAUUCGACUUGGACAGUUGUUGCUCUCUGCUAAAAAGAAAGAAGCUCCCACUUUCUAUGAAACCUUGAAAAUUGUCCGAGGAGAGCAGAUAGUUCCACUUUCUGCAGCAAGUUUUGAAAGGGGUUCAUAUCAGCGAGGAUAUGAAUACAUUACAAGGUUACACAUGCUGUGUGAGUUAGAGCAUCGUAUUGGACCAUUGCUUCAGCAACCUGAUAAUGAGGGCGGAAAAGAUUCAUUGAAUUGGCACGCACGUAUAGAAAUGACCCAAAAUGCAUACAGAGUUAAAGAGCCCAUCCUGGCACUUAGACGGGCUUUACUCAGCCUCAAUAAAAGUGAGGAUUACAGUGAGAGGAUGGGAGAGUGCUGGCUCCAAAGUGCCCGAGUUGCCCGUAAAGCCGGCCAUCACCAAACGGCAUACAAUGCUCUCCUUAAUGCUGGGGAAUCAAAGCUGUCUGAACUCUAUGUAGAAAGAGCAAAGUGGCUGUGGUCCAAGGGUGAGGCUCAUCAAGGUCUUAUCAUCCUUCAAAAGGGGGUUGACCUAUGUUUUCCAGAUGGCCAGGUACCAUCUGGCAGUAAAAGUAAACUAAUUCAUGGACAAGCCCUGCUGCUGGUGGGAAGAUUUAUGGAAGAAACAGCCAACUUUGAAAGUAAUGCAGUUAUGAAAAAAUACAAGGAUGUCACCGUGUGCUUGCCAGAAUGGGAAAAUGGACACUUCUACCUUGCUAAAUACUAUGAUAAACUGAUGCCCACAGUGACAGAAAACAAGAUGGAAAAACAGGGAGAUUUGAUUAAAUAUAUCGUUAUUCACUUUGGAAGGUCUUUACAUUUUGGAAACCAGUUCAUCUAUCAGUCAAUGCCAAGAAUGUUAUCAUUGUGGCUUGACUUUGGAGCAAAAGCAUAUGAAUGCGAGAAAGCUGGUCGUCAAGAUCGUACUCAAAUGAGAAAUGACUUGGCUAAAAUCAACAAGGCGAUUGCAGAGCAUACGCAGCUCUUAGCACCGUAUCAGUUUUUAACAGCUUUCUCUCAACUGAUCUCCCGAAUUUGCCACUCGCACGAUGAAGUCUUUGUGGUCCUUAUGGCAAUAAUUGCUAAGGUUUUCGUAGCAUACCCUCAACAAGCUAUGUGGAUGAUGACUGCUGUUUCUAAGUCAUCUUAUCCAAUGCGUGUAAACAGAUGCAAGGAAAUCUUCAACAAAGCUAUUCAUAUGAAGGCAUCUUUGGGGAAGUUCAUUGGAGAUGCAGCUCGCUUAACAGAUAAACUCCUAGAGCUAUGUAACAAACCGGUUGACGGUAACACUACCACCUUAAGCAUGGGAGUUCAUUUCAAAAGUCUCAAAAGGCUGGUAGAAGACCAGAUGUUUAGUGAAAUCCUUAUUCCUUUGCAAUCUGUAAUGAUACCAACUCUCCCUUCGGUUCCUGGAACACAUUCCAAUCAUGAUCCGUUUCCUGGAUGCUGGGCUUAUAUUGCUGGCUUUGGUGAUACAGUUGAAAUCCUUCCAUCACUUCAGAAACCAAAGAAGAUUACUUUAAAAGGCUCAGAUGGGAAAUCCUAUAUCAUGAUGUGUAAGCCCAAAGAUGACCUGAGAAAGGACUGUCGAUUGAUGGAAUUCAAUUCCCUGAUCAAUAAGUGUCUAAGAAAGGAUGCAGAGUCACGGAGACGAGAACUCCACAUCCGGACGUAUGCUGUUAUUCCUUUGAAUGAAGAAUGUGGAAUCAUUGAAUGGGUGAACAACACCUCGGGCUUAAGAAACAUCCUGAUCAAGUUAUACAAGGAGAAAGGUAUCUAUAUGACUGGAAAAGAACUGCGUCAGUGUAUGCUUCCAAAGACAACACCUUUGUCUGAAAAGCUGAAAGUUUACAAAGAGACUCUACUUCCCCGUCACCCUCCAAUCUUUCACGAAUGGUUUCUGAGAAAAUUCCCUGAUCCCACUUCAUGGUACAGCAGCAGAUCAGCGUAUUGCCGUUCCACUGCUGUGAUGUCAAUGGUUGGGUACAUUCUGGGCCUUGGAGACCGUCAUGGGGAAAAUAUUUUGUUUGAUUCUUUAACCGGUGACUGUGUGCAUGUGGAUUUCAACUGUCUGUUCAAUAAGGGAGAAACUUUUGAUUUUCCAGAGGUUGUCCCGUUUCGCCUGACUCAUAACAUGGUCAAUGGGAUGGGUCCAAUGGGAACUGAAGGUCUUUUCCGAAGGGCUUGUGAAGUUACAUUAAGACUCAUGCGUGACCAGAGAGAACCACUAAUGAGUGUUUUGAAAACUUUUCUCCAUGAUCCUUUGGUGGAGUGGAGUAAACCAGCAAGAGGCAGUUCAAAAUCCCUAGUGAAUGAAACCGGAGAAAUUGUCAAUGAAAAGGCCAAGACCCAUGUCCAGGAUAUUGAUCAGCGACUACAAGGUGUAAUUAAAAACAGGAAUAGAGUAAAAGGCCUGCCUUUGUCUAUUGAAGGACAUGUUCACCAUCUUAUCCAAGAUGCAACUGAUGAGACCUUGCUGUGCCAGAUGUACCUUGGAUGGGCUCCAUAUAUGUGAAAUGCUGCCAUUUGCAAAUUAGUUGCGGCAACUGCCAUUUUUAAGAGAUAGAAAGAGCCGUUUCUACUUCAUAAGUUUCUGCCAUUGCAAGACUUUCAUUACGUGCAUGGCAUUGUUUAUACUGUAUACUUGUAUGUUAAUAUUUUCUAUUUGUAUAUUCGAAAACUCAUUUAUAUAUUUGAAACACUGUUUUCUGUUUUGUACCUAAAUAUCACCUUGUAUUAAAUACAAUAUGCACAAUGAUA